UUGUUACUAAAAGCAAAAUCUGUCGUUGUUUCCAGAUAUAAUGUUCUCUUUACAUGGGAAUCAUGCCGUGUCCCGUGAACUUUACCAUCAGUUUGUUACUCUAUUUUCCACCUUCUUCUCGUUAUUUAUAAUGUUAUAUGAAUUUCUCUGUCUCCUCUUGAAUCUGCAGUGGAAGAAAUUAUGAGGUCAGGUCAAGAACCGAACCGGAACGGCGGUUUAAUGACUCCGUCUCCCCGGCCUAGAAUCCAAUCUCAGUUCCAGUCCACAGUUUCCGUUCAAAAAAACCGACGGUUCAACAUUUUGAUUCUCGUUUUCCGGUUCGCUGCCUUCUGCUUCUCUCUUGCUUCUGCUAUGUUCAUGUUCACAAACUCUCGUGGUGGCUCCGGUUCUCCUCAGUGGUACAACUUCGAUGCUUUCAGGUUUGUCGCAAUUGCAGCUGCGAUUGUGGCUUUGUAUUCACUGUUUGAAAUUGGAGCUUCAGUUUGGGAAAUUUCAAGAGGCGCCACUGUGUUUCCCGAAGUUGUUCAAGUCUGGUUCGAUUUUAGCCACGAUCAGGUUUUCGCAUAUAUGCUGCUGUCGGCGGAUUCGGCGGGAACGGCGUUAGCUCGGACGUUAAGGGAAAGAGACACGUGUACGGCUAAUAAUGCAUUUUGUGUACAAUCAGAUAUCUCAGUUGCCUUGGGAUUCGCCGGGUUUAUGUUCUUGGGGUUUUCUUCUUUGUUGUCGGGUUUUCGGGUUAUCUGUUUCAUACUUAACGGGUCUCGUUUUCAUAUGUAAUAAUCAUUGUGCGUUGAGCAAUUGGGGAUUGAAUUUGGGAGUUUAACUUUCUCUACACAAUAUAAAACUCUUUCACAA